AGAAAAGUCAAUGAAACUCUUGUACUUUGAAAAGACUCAAUUAAACCCCCGAACUUCAAAAAAACGUUCAAUUAUGUUUUUUAGCAGGUCAAGGACCGGUUUUCUGGUUAACUGCUCACGUGGUGUCCCACGUGGCUUUUUUUUCUUUUCCCUUUUUUCUCUUUUCUUUUUCUCUUUCCUUUUCUUUUUCUUUUCACACGCCUUCCUUCUUCCCGUUCGCACAGAUGAGGUUCGCAGGAGGAAUUCAAGGUUUGCCCUUGAACCCCCACCGCCAAAGCCUGCGGCUGCCACAGCUGGAAAAUGUGAGGACCAUCUCCGGGGACUGCGGCCUCCAUCAAUGGAGUUGGAGUUCGCCGGAUUAUUGGUCAGAGUGAAGUGAAGGUGCCUGCUAUGUGAAGUGAAGGACAGAACCGCGGAAAUGGAGUGGAGUGGAGGGCUAAAUCUGAAUCCUGUGUGAAUUUCAGCUGCUCAUUGCAGUGAAUUCCGGCGGCUAAUUCCUUUUUAGCCGGUAAUUUUGAUUUAUUUUUCUUUUUUAAUUCUUUCUUUACUUUUUUCUUUUUUUUUUCUUUCCUCCAAUACGCGCCGGUACGCCCAUUUCCAACAUGAGGGGAUCAACCUUAGCUUGUGAACGACAGUUCCAAGAGUGAGCAAACUACGAUUUAUGUUACAGCAAAAUCAACAAAAUUCUGCAUUUAGUUAGUUAGCAUGCAGGAAGGGGCAAAAUAAUAAAAAGUUGUCUCUCGCAAUUCAAUAGUUACGUACGUAAAUUAAGUUUUUUUUGUCAUUCCUUGUCCAGAUCGUUGAAAUCUGCCACACUGACACGGCACGUGUUAUCAGGAUGUAAAUCACGGUGACCUAGUCAGUGAAGUGGCAGUAGGACCAUAUACUCGUACGCGUCAGAGAUUCAACCCAUUUCAGAAGCUCCACACGGUCACUGCGGGAUUCGAACAUUGAUCUUUUGAUUCAAAUUUCCCACCACUCAAUCAACUAAGUUACCGGUGCGGGUUCUACAUUGUUUUCUGAGAUCAUUCGUAGAAGACCGAGUCUCCUCCCUUGAGUUCGCAUAUGCCUGGCGCACGAGUUUUCUUCUCCAUUUAGACAGUUUUCAACGAUAUGAUCACCGUGAAUCUAAAAUCAUUUAUUCCUCUAGUCUGAUCUACCUUUUCCUCCUGACAGAGAUGAUGUAUCCUCAUAUAAUCUGACCAUCCCCUCACCUUAACGGCACACAAAAAAACGGAAUUCCGGCAAUUUCCGAUGAUAUAUGGCUUUUCUUUCGGUUAGAUGCUAACGUUGAGAAUGUUCCUCCGGCGAAUAAGGUUCACUAGCGAUGAAACCGAUCUGAAGUGGCCUUCAUCUUCCAUUCAAGAUAUUGAAGGAACAUACUAGGAAGAUCGAUGUAAAAAAAGGAUAAAGGAGUAAAGAAAAAGGAACGAAAGAAAAUCCAAAGAAAAUGAAAAAGACAAAAAGGAGCAGAAAAGAGUAAAGAAGAAAAGGAAAAAUACCGGUGGACGUAGCUCAACUGGUAGCAUCUGCAUCUGCGAUGAGAGGUUACUAUGCUAAAAAUGCAUAGGGCAUCUGCAAGUACGGGGACGGAGCCCCACUCUCUAUCUGUCGGAUUGGGAUUAUAGUCCAAUAUACAUCCUCCCAACGUACUGUCCGGUUGAGGUUGGGGGGCCCUCAGGGAUGGGGUGUAAUCCUUUUUUUAAGAAAAGGAAAAAUGAAAGAAUAUCAAGUAAUUGCC